AGAACUACUUCCUUUAUACAAUGCCCUCCAUUGAAAGGGUCCACUACAUCACCAUACUUGCUCUCCGUAACACUUAAUCCUGAUCCUGUUGUCCCCGCUAAAGAAACUAACUAUUUUGGUCCGGUUUGUAAAGAUUCUGGAUGUCCAAUUAAAGCUAAAUCCCCAUUCUCUAAACGCGGAUAUUCAGUUGUUGUUGUAGAACCACCUCAGACAGUUCUAGGCUGCGCAAAUGCCUUAGUUGGUGAUGCACCGAAUGAAGAAAAUUGGACUGCCGAUAAAACGAGAGAACAUAAUACGUAUACCAGUACUUUAGGCAAUAUUACAGCCAAUUAUUUGGACGAAAACCAAUCUAAAGCAAUUUCUGCUCUGAAAACUUUUACAGAUGAAGCCAAUGGAAAACCUGUAUGUCGCUUUUGGGAUGCCAUUAUCCAAGAGAAGCAUAAGGCCGAGCUGUUGCAUAAUACAGCACGGGAAGCUGGAAAGCAAUCGUUGAUGGUUCAGCAUGAAAUUACCGAGAAAAAAAGGGCUUAUUUAUCAGAUGAAGAUGGGUGUUCAUCUUCCGAUUCUGAAAUAGUACCUGUUUCGCUCAUAAAUGUUUUUCUCAAUGAGCGUUCAUAUUCCGACCCUGAUGAAUUGGACAAAACGACCAAAUCGAGCACUGAUGCUUUAAAAGCAUAUCAAAUCCGUGUUUUACCAGAUGACAAGCUUAUUUAUAAUUAUAUGGACGUGCUAGACUACAAAGGAGAUGAAACAGGAAAAAGCCCCAUAUCAAUUAGGAUGAUAAAUUUUUAUAAUACAGAUUGUACAAAAUAUUUGCCUCCUGAUUAUAAAAUGUUUAUUGCAAAUCAACUUCAAGACAAGGAGAUAAGAGCAGUGAAUUUUACAAGGGGAAGAACAAUUGAUAAGUUUCUAGUCAAUUGUGAAGAAGACGUCAUGCAGUUUUUAGAUAAGUUUGAACAUAUAAAAGACUUGGAAUCUUUAGGCAGAUGUCUGGGCGAAAAUUUAAUCAAUUACUCUACUGCAUCGAAUGACUUAAUUUAUGUUCAGAACCUUCUCAAAACCUUCUACUUCUUGUAUAAAAAUGAUAUCUUGCUUCAAGCUAUGUCUGAACGUGAAUAUAAUUCACACAUAUGGACACCUUUACUGAGAAAUGCCUUUCUCAGAAAAACAGAUAUUAAGUUUAAUUAUGGAGAAUUGGCAUCAAUAUCCUAUAACAAGCUCAAAGAAAUUCUAAACAUUGCUAGAAAGAGUGGUCCAAAGCUUGAUGGAAAAGCUUUCCUUAGAUCAUUAGGCACAGAAGUCUUAGCGCAAGAAGAUGGGAUUCUAAAUACACGCGGAAAAAGGAAAGGUGAUCUGAGAAAAUUGGAAUAUUGUACAAAAGUUAUUUUAACAGCUUUAUUUCAACUUACUAUAUCGGCAUCAAAAUAUCUUUUCGAAGACACAAUUAUUACAAUGGACUUACAAGAUAUCGAGAUACUGAAGACUGUGGAAGCUUUCUCGAAACUUAUAGCAGCUAUAAAAGUUAUUUUAUCUUGGAAAGCAAGGACAAGGAAGAAUACAGAUGAGAUAAUAAAAGAUGGUCACUGA